AUGUCCGGCACUAGCAAGCAGAAGGAGCCUUUCUGGCUCGGAGGUGCUGCAGCCUCAAUGGCAGUCUGUUUCACACAUCCUUUGGACCAAACGAAAUAUCGAAUACAGGUUCUCAAGUCAAGAGAGUCUAUGUUUCGAGCAAUGUACCGUUUCGCAGCCAGAGAUGGCUUCUUUUCAUUAUGGUCUGGACUGUCAGCGUCCAUCUUCCGACAAACCACAUAUUCCACCGCCCGGUUCGGUCUCUACAACUACUUUGCGCAACAGGCUAAGCAAUGGACGGGCCAAGAGAAGUUGACUACGGCGAUGACGAUAUCGUGUGCUGGGUUGGCCGGAGGCAUGGCGGGACUUGUCGGAAAUCCUGCUGAGGUUGUUCUCGUCCGUAUGUGCGCUGACGGAGCAAAGAGUGUUGGCGAACGAUUCGCAUAUUCAAAUGCUGUCGAGGGCCUCUACAGGAUAGGUCGCGAAGAGGGUGUUGGGGCAUUCACCCGAGGCAUCUCUGCCAACGUGGUGCGCAGUAUCCUCAUGAACGUGGGACAAAUCGCCACAUACUCGACAGCGAAACGCAUCCUCCUGCAAAAUGAAAUGAAGGACGAUAUCAAAACACAUGCCGUAGCAUCCCUCUUUGCUGGGACUGCGGCGACAACGAUUUGCGCGCCAGCCGAUGUCCUCAAGAGCAGGAUUCAGAGUGCUGUUGCGAGCGGCCCAGGCGCAAACUCUUUACUUCGUAUUGUGCAAACGGGUCUGAGGGAAGAAGGUGCAAUCUUCUUGAUGAAGGGAUGGACCCCAGCGUGGUUGAGAUUGACGCCGAAUACUGUCCUGACUUUUGUGUUUAUGGAACAGCUACGAAAACUGACGCAGUGGCAGUUCGCCGCCCCGGUCGAAACCAUGAAGGCAUGA